GCAAAUAUUACAUUAAAAAAAAUGUUUUUAAAUUUAUUUAACACAUCUUUUUAUCACGUUUUGUCUUAACAGUAAUUGUUAAGAUAAUAAAAUAUAGUUAGUGCGGUAUACACAUCCGCAACAAAUCGCAUGCAAGUCGAUUCCAAAAUGGUGUCGUUUGUUGUGCUUUCAAGGAAUUUUGUGUGAAAUAAUAAUACAGAUGUAUUCGACUCUCUAAUUGACCUAAAUCCAACUAGAUUGUUGGUAACAUGGAAGAGAAAGAAAGCAUUCCUGAAAACUCUAUGGAGGCUGUGAGUGAAGCAUCUGGGGACAAGAUCUCUGCAGAAGAUGAGACACAUCCCAAAAAGUCUGAAGAAUCGCAAGAAAGUGAUAACAAAGAUGCCGAUACCAAUAACAGUGAUAAAGCAGAAGUUAGUGAUGUAGGCAAAGCUACUGACAGUAAUGGUGAUUCUGUGAAUGAUCCAGUUAGUGAUAAGGAUGGCGAUAGUCAGCUCCAGAACCAUGUGGAACAUGAGAGUGAAAGUGUUAGUGAUAAUGAUAAGGUGAAUAAUGUGGAGAAUACUGACGAACCUGCUGCAGAGGCAACAGAGGAUGAGACAACUAAGCAAAAUGAAAUAAAAUUAGAAGAUGCAGAAAGUGCAGAAACAGUAGAUGGUCCACCACAGAAAAUAGAAAAUCCAGAAGAAUCAAACAGCCAAGACUCUACACAAGAGUCUACUCAGGAGUCCACACAAGAAUCAGUCCAGGAAACCAGCUUGGAGCUCCCAGAUGCUAGCCAAGAUUCAGAAGCCACUGCUAUGAGAGCAAGUGAGGAAGAUGAUCAGGAGACAAGCCAUGUGGAGAAAAAGGAAGAUGAUGUGGGUAAACCUGAGUUUGAGACAGCACCUAAUGUUCAGGAUGAGCCUCAGGAAGACCAUACGCAGGCGUUGGACCCUUUUGAUGCGCUACUGAAGGACAAAAGUGACAGCACUACAGAAACGUCCACAGCUAAACCAAGCGGGGUAGUCAACUUGGAUGAUGAUGAUGAUGACCAUAAUGCGGACAGUGUUGUAGCACAUGAUGAUGAUCACACUGAAGAAACACCCUUAGAUGAUACCGGAAGUGUUUCCGAAUUAGCAGAGGAACCUGGAGCUGAUGAGGAAAUUAUGCUGCUACCUGACACUGAGCGGGAGAUCUCAGAAGCUGACAAGGCAGAAGCAGAAAAGGUGUUGGCUGAGAAGAGAAAACAAGCUGAAGCUGCUGAAGCAGAGACAGUGCCCAAGACGGAGCAUGACGCGGAAAACGAUGCGGACGAAGAUGCAGAGGCGCCAUCGGAGUCCGCGAGCGACGCGCCCGCUCUUGCGGACGCUGCCACGGACGACCACGCCGGCGAUAAAGAAAAUGAAAACGAACAUGAAGAGGCGGUCGAAGCCGAUGAAGAGAACUUAGUUCCCAACAACAUUCAGGAAAUUAGUCAAUUCGACGGCACCUGCGUGCAGUGCGCCGAAAGUAAGCCCUGCACCUACCGGUACGUCGACAAGGAUGGAGACUACAAGUACAUUUGUACCGAUGCCUGUCUCACCGCCUUCCAGGAGGAACACCCCGGCCAGUACAAUGUCUGUUCCAAGAAGUUCACCGUGGAGGAAAUAACGCCCAAAACACUCACCUGCUCAGAAUGCGAGGAAAGUAAACUCUGCUACUUCUAUUACAACUACGACGGCGAAGACACAAAUUACUGCUCUCUUACCUGUUUACACAGUAUGAUGGCAGAUGAAAAGGAGAAAUAUGUUUUCAAACGCCGGAGGAUGGCCAUUGAUGAAGUAACCCCGACGGAAGCGGAGUGUCUAGUCUGCAAAGAAACCAAACCAUGCGCUUACGCAUUCAAACUGUACGGCGAGCACGUUGCCGUGUGCGAACAAACCUGCAUCAAGGAAUUGAAUAGUAGAGAAAAUGGCAGAUUCCACAUAAAGAAGAAACGAGUCACUCGCAAAGCGGCUGCGCAAGCGGCAAGUGUAUCAAAUCCACCACUCCUCAAAUUAAAAGUGAUAAGCAAUGCAACAGACAAAUAUCUGGAUGAGGCGUACAAACUACAGCCCAAGACUCCGGCCAUGGUGCAGGCAGCCAGGGAAGAGAGAGAAAGGACAUUUAUCAGGAAAUGCUUUCAGUGCAAUCUACAACUAGACCUAGAAAGUGAUAAAACUCUGACGUGGGAAACCAUGGACUUCUGCAAUGAGGUGUGUCUAGGAAGGUAUCAGAACAAGAUAGGGGCGCGUUGCGCCAACUGCAAAAACACGGUUACGCACACUAGUUUAGGAAAAUACUGUGUAAGAUUCGGGUAUGACAUCCGACAGUUCUGUAAUUCUGGAUGCUUGGAAGAGUUCAAAAAGGGGUUGAAGAUAUGUUGCUAUUGUCAAAGAGAUAUAUCGGUCGGUCACCAAGGCUUCCUAGCGCCUGUAGGAGACAAGGGCCAGUUCAAAGACUUUUGUACUCAGACCUGUAUGGAGAAGUUUGAUCAGAUGAGCAAGAGCCCGCUGCCGCAGCCGGUGUGGGCAAAGUGCGCCGUCUGCUCUCUGGAGAAAGGGACGACAAUAGAGGUCGAAGUGAGUGAGAAUAUCGUACAAAGGCUUUGCUCCGAUCCAUGUUUUGCCGCUUUCAAAUUCGUCAAUAACAUAUUUCCAGACCAAUGCCGAUGGUGCAAAAAAUACUUCGAGCGCAAAACCUUAAACUGCUUCACCAUCUAUGAAACCCAAUCCCCCGACUGCUUCUGCUCCAAGUCCUGCAUGAACGUGUACAUCAGCAACUCCCGACACAUCGUGCCGUGCAACUGGUGCAAAGUGAAGAAAUACAACUUCGACAUGAUACGACGAGUGCAGAUCUCGGGGCAGGUCGUAAUGAUGUGCUCGCUCAACUGCUUGAAUCUCUACCAGGUCUCCGUGAACGCAGUGUCGUCAAGAAGAAUAAAAUGUGAUAUGUGCAAGCGAACGUCUCUGGCACAAUACCAUUUGACGAUGUCGGAUGCAACAGUUAGGAACUUCUGCACAUACCAAUGCGUCAUGGCAUUCCAGGGUCAAUACUCAAAACAUACGCCGCCUCUAGUGCCGGGAGAAUCGAUGGACCAACAGAAGGCGGUGCCCACGGGCGUCCCCCGGCGGACGUACUCUGGCACAGGCCAUAAAAACAACGGUAAAUCCGUGGCGAAGACGCAGACGCGGUCGUCGGGCCUGCCGGUGAUCUCCAACGUGCAGUCGCUGGCCGCGCCGCCGCCGCUGCUGCCGGCCAUGACCUCCAUGACGCGCGCCAAGUCCAAGCGGCUGCAGGUCCAGCCUCCCGCACCCCCUCCCCCCGAACCUGAACCCCCGGCCGCCCCCAAGACUCCUCCGCCCCCUCCCAAACCCCCCACACCUCCGCCACCCCCGCCCCCUAAAAUAUACAAUCACGUCAUAGUCAAAACUUUGCCUCCCAGAGAAGUAGCCAAUAAGGCGACUAUGUCGAAGCCGAUGAUGAUUUCUAAGGGAGUCUCUUGCCGUCCGCAUCCGUGCACUAAAGAAUGCCAGACCGACCCGAGCUUGGAGCGGCGCGUCCUCAUACCGGUCCCGGUACCUAUAUACGUCCCCGUUCCUUGCGCCAUGUGGUCGCUGCCGUUCCCUGUCCCGGUGCCGAUUCCGAUACCGAUCCCGACCCCGGUGUUCAUACCGACGACUCGGAACUCUGCGAAGGGGAUCAUGAAGGAGAUCAACAAGAUCCAUGACAAGAUGCCGACGGAUCCGUUCGAGGCGGAGCUGCUGAUGAUGGCCGAGAUGGUCGCCGGCGACAAGAAAAAGGAUCAGAGUGACUCUGAUACUGAUGAUGAUAACGCAGAGGAAGGCUUCAGCCCAGUGGCCGGAAUGGACGGCAACAACGCAUUCGGCGAGGAUAUGCUGCAGAUGGCUUUAAAAAUGGCCACCGAGUACGAGGACCAGCCUGUCGACCUCGAGUCUGCCAUGACAGCCAAUACUAUCACGCCGAGCUCGCACCCUGGCAUGCCUGGUCUAGAGGGCGAGCCGAUGCACCACCACCACAUGAUGGUGCUGGAGCAGCAGCGCGCGGUGGCGGCGCUGCGCGCCAGUGCGGCGGCGCCCCGCAAGCGCGCGCCGCCGGUGGCCGCCGCCGCCGCCGCGCGCCCGCCCACGCGCGCCAGCAAGCGGCGCCGCGCCGAGCCGCAGCCGCCGCCGCCCGAGCCGCCCCGCGAGCCCGCCGAGAAACCCGACGCCAACAUGUGUCUCAAGUACACAUUCGGCGUGAACGCGUGGAAGCAAUGGGUCAUGACAAAGAACGCCGAGAUCGAGAAGAGCUCGAUACGUCGGAAGCCGUUCAAGUCUGAGAUCCUCCAGCUGACCGCCGACGAGCUCAACUACUCGCUCUGUCUGUUCGUCAAGGAGGUGCGGAAACCGAAUGGCAGCGAAUACGCCCCAGACACUAUUUAUUAUUUGGUUCUAGGUAUACAACAAUAUCUAUUUGAAAAUGGUAGGAUAGACAACAUAUUUACGGACCCGUACUAUGAAAAGUUCACGGACUGUUUGGACGAAGUCGCCAAGAAAUUCUCAGUCUUAUAUAAUGACUCGCAGUACAUAGUAACGCGAGUGGAGGAGGAGCACCUAUGGGAAAGCAAGCAGUUGGGAGCACAUUCUCCGCAUGUCCUACUUUCCACAUUAAUGUUCUUCAACACUAAACAUUUCAACCUAGUUACUGUUGAAGAGCAUAUGCAGCUAUCAUUUUCACACAUAAUGAAGCAUUGGAAACGAAACCCUAACCAGCCAGGACAGGCCAAAAUACCUGGCUCUAGGAAUGUUUUACUGCGGUUUUAUCCUCCUCAAUCGGCGCUUGAAGCGAAUUCCAGGAAAAAGAAAGUAUAUGAGCAGCAAGAGAAUGAAGAAAAUCCUCUUCGGUGUCCUGUCAAACUUUACGAAUUUUAUAUUUCCAAAUGCCCGGAGUCGGUGCGCACCCGCAACGACGUGUUCUACUUGCAGCCGGAGCGGUCGUGCGUGCCCGACUCGCCCGUGUGGUACUCCACGCAGCCGCUCAGCCGCGCCGCGCUCGCCAAGAUGCUGCACCGCGUCAAGAUGGUCAAGGAGAUCAACAUCGCGCUGCUCACUAGCUAAAAUUUCUCAAACCAGUGUUAUCGCCGGCUUCUAGAUUCGCAAUGCAACUCCCUCGCGUUUGGUUUCGAUCCUUUUAUUUACUACGUACUAAGUCAAGCCUCAAAACAGUCUCCCAAACGUUGUAAAGAUGGUAAUUUUAAGCACAAUGUAUAUUUUUUUAUAUCACUUUGUAUAUCAGCCUGCUGAAAGGACGGUUAAUUUUAAAUAAAAAUGAUUUAUCAAUAGAAACCUUUUUUUACAAUGUUGCAAUGUAGCUGUAAGUUCUUUGCGGUCUGUACAGUUUUCAUUGGUAGUAGAAUAAUUAUGAAAUCAACGGUAUUUUAGUUGGCAGUUAUAAUUCGAAUAUCAGUAUGAACUCUGAUAAAAUUAAUCUUACAUUUGUAUAUAAGUACGCCAAGCGAAUCACAUCAUGUUUUCGGCCACCCGAGAAAUGUAAAUGCUUCGAUGUACAUUUUGGUGAAUGGCGAAACACUUUCCUCGGUGCCAGGAAUACAUUUCUUUAUACUUACCCAUGUGUAAUAGACUAAUAUGAGAUAUUGAAUAAUAAAUUAGGCUGUAGAAUUAAGGUGAAAUUCCAAUUUUUGUGGCAGAUAAUCUUAUUUGACUAGCAUUAUUUUUUUUAACGAUUGAUAUGUAAUAUUGUCACAGAUAGAAAUUUUUAUUAUAGUAAUAUAGCUUGUGAAA